AUGUCCGACAACCAGCCACCCGGCAACAGCGAGGACGGACUCGGUUUCAGAAUCGAGGGCUUCGGCGUUGUGAUUCUUCCUUUCUCUCUUCUCGAGCACCUCCUUCAUCUGACUCGUCCCGAGAUCGAAGCCCAGAACCGAUCCGACCACACCGUGAUUCACUCGGCGUUAUUGGGCUCCUCGGAGUUCCAAGACCUGGUCGAAGAUGGCACCAUCCCCGUGCACCCGCUGGAUCUCAUUUCUCUUGACACCCCGCUUGCGCUUUGUGACGAUCUUGCCGCAAGUGAGAUCGACACUGGAUCGGAUGGCGUUGCUUGCUACAUGGAGGUCUUGGAUGCCAAUAAUGCUACUGUGGCUGCUGUGGCUCAAGAUUUACCCGAUGAGGAGGUGGAGGACGAGGAGGAGGAGGAGGAGGAGGAAGGCGAAGAAGAAGACCAAGUGAUGGAUGUGGCACGAGAUGAGUUGACCUGCGCCAAUGAGAUACCCACCUAUGCCAGCGUCAGCGAGCUUUGCAGUCGAACUGUCCCUACUUCCGUGAAUCUGCCACCUGCAGCCCGCCGAGGAAGUCCUAACUGCCGGCUGUACAGCUAUGGAAACGCUGUCUUCGUCAUCUGCAACACCAGUACUUGUCGUUCUCGGCGGUUCACCGCUCAACGACAGACUUGCAAUCGAAUCUACAAUAAUUGCCGGCGGAGAUCCAAGGGUGGCUAUGUGAAGUAUGGUGGGAACGCGGGAUUUUCGUCUUUGUAUCGCUCUGGCACUACACGGCGGCCUCCGGCGUAUGCAGUGUGCUAA